CCUGUUUGACUACUCAAGGUCGCUUGAGAAUGACACAUUUAUAUUCACUUUUCUGCAAAAAAGAUAUAUCACAUGAACCAGUGUGUUAUCUAUGUAUAAACAUUUUCAAGACAUUUCUAUAGAAUGCUUCGUAGAUAAAUGUCAUCUCUAGUGGAUACGUUAAGAAAAGACUAUCCUUUGACGCUUAAUUUUUUCAUGUGUUGUUCUGCAGGUUUUCUCGCAGAAACAAUCACUUACCCUUUAGACACUCUUAAAACUCGAAUCCAGGUUUAUGCAGAACUAAAUAGCUCAUCGUACCCCGGUGUUAUCAAAAUCUGUUCAUCUGUAAUUAAAAAUGAAGGUCUGUUUCAACUGUGGCAAGGAUUAUCUCCAUCACUUUUCAGACACACAGUUUAUACGGGAGCCAGAAUGCCAAUUUAUGAAAUUAUUCGUCAAGAUGUUUUCCACUUACCUCCCGCUAGUCAUUUCACUGUAAAAUCUACCAAGGAUUCUUCAUCAGAAAACAAGUCAGAAGUUAUCCUACAGCAGAAACUAUGUACUACGGAAAGGACAAACACUAAAGUAAUUCAGGAGAAUCAAUCAGAUUUUAUUAUUCAUGCUGCUUUUGCCGGGAUCAUAUCUGGAUCUUUUGCUCAGUUUUUAUGCAGCCCCAUAGAUCUAAUUAAGGUUCGGUUACAAACAGAAAGCAAUUACAUUUCACAAUUACAUCUCAAUGAUUACAAACCUCCUAAACAUACUGAAAUGCCUACUGGUCACCAACGCUUAAAUUUCAUACGUACAACUAAGCAACUUAUUUCUGAAGGUGGAAUUAUUGGAUUGUGGCGUGGAGGAUUACCUAAUGUACAACGUGCAGCUCUUACAAAUAUGGGUGAAAUGACCACCUAUGAUGCAUCGAAACGUUGGUUUGCUGUACGUUUUCAAUUAGAAGAUGGUACUCUACUUCAAGCGUAUGCAUCAGUUGUAUCUGGUUUUGUUGCUGCAGUACUCGGGACACCAGCUGAUAUGAUUAGAACACGAAUCAUGAAUCAACGUAUUACAACACCAACCACAUCAACGUCGUCAUCAAUAAAUGUCAAUGAUCAAUUAUAUAGCGGAAUGAUUGAUUGUUUUCGUAAAACUGUUCAUAAUGAAGGAUUUUCAGCAUUGUAUAAAGGCUUCUUUUUAAUAUGGGCACGUAUGGCACCUUGGUCUUUAACAUUUUGGGUAACUUAUGAAAAAAUUCGAUGCCUAGCUGGAGUUGAUGGCUUUUGAAUAUGUCAAUGAAUGUGGAUUUCAAUCAGUGUGUAGUUUGUUUCCGAUUGUUUUCUCUACUACUGCUGCUACAUAUUACUUAUAAUAAGAAUAGUAGUAGAUUAACAGAAGGGAGAAAAUACUCGAAGAAAACAAAUCAAUCUUAAUCUUUCUUAUUUACUUAGAAUUCUUUUUAUAAUUUUUUAAAUAUAUGUCUUAUAUCAUUUGAAAUGCUUCAAACACUUUACUGUAAUUAUAUCUAUAAUGGAAAUUAUUGUUAGAUAUUUCUAGUCAACCAAUCCUUUUUGAAAAUAAAAUAAAAAAUUAAUUUAAAUGUUG